AUGAAAGUUGAUAUAUCUGAGCCUAUUGAGCUGCUGGCCCUUAAUAAUGGAUCAUGGCCUGUCCUCUGGGACUAUGCCAAGGCUUAUAACACUGACAAUUAUGAGCUUGCAGAAGCAGUAGUAUCCAUGGCUAGAGGAGAUGUCACUUACCGGCCAGGUAUGAUGGCUAUUGUGGAUGAUGUGGUGUUGGAUGCCAAGAAAAUAACUUGGAUAUAUAAAUCCAAGAUUGCAGUGCCUGACAUCAUUGUGCUUGGUAUAGCUGAUGCAGAAUGUUGGGUGUGA